AUGUCUUUUGUAUUAACAGUUUAUCAUUAUAUUCAAUGUUAUAUUCCUUUUACAAGUUAUUUUCUAAUCAUAAAACAAUCAAGAUAUGUUAUCUAUAACGAAAUGAUACAACAAAUGUUUCAUUCGUUCGCAUUCAUGAUGAUAAUAUUUUCUAUUGAAUUACUUUCUAUGCUAGAAAUAUUCAUUGGAUUGAAAAAAGAAAUAAAUACUGAGCACAAAAGAGAUAUCCAAAAUGAAAUAUUCUUAUUUCCUAAACUUGACACUAUUCAUCAUCACUAA